AUGUUCCGAACCAGUCUCACAUCCUCCCUCCGCCUCCUCCGCCGUAAUGCAGCACCCUCCACAUUCGCCAAAGGCCAACUAACAGCCUACCGCUACAUCACCCAAGAAGCGCGUGCCCAAAUCCAAAAGGCUAUUGAAGAAAAGCCCGUGGUGCUGUUCAUGAAGGGGACACCCGACGCUCCCCAGUGCGGUUUCUCGAGAGCGGUGGUACAGAUCCUGGACAUGUACGAAGUCCCUCCGGAGAAGAUGCAGACGUAUAAUGUGUUGGCGGAUGCGGAGCUGAGGAGCAGUAUCAAGGAGUUCUCGGAAUGGCCGACGAUUCCUCAGGUAUACGUGGAUGGAGAGUUCAUUGGUGGUUGCGAUAUUUUGCUCGGCAUGCACCAGUCCGGCGAACUCGAAACCCUGCUCGAAAGCAAAAACGUUAUCCCCAAGGUGGAGGAGCCCGCCUCGACACCCUCAUCCUCAUAGACAUCUUCCAACUUGUAUGUUACCGACUAAUUCACCCCUCUAAUACACCGGACUUCUGGCACCGUGG